AUGGGUUCGAAAGAGAUUACGAAAAAACGGAAAAAUUCCUCGAAAGAGGCUUCCGGACAGGCCAAUCCAUCGUCCAAACGUCGAGCCGUCGCUAGCGACAAGUCAAAAAAUGAACAGGCGAAGAUUGAGGAGCUAGAAGCUCAAAUCUCGGAAUCGAGGAAAUACUACAACAAUAUUGCAACUUUGAUUUCUAUGCUCAAUGUCGAUGAUUCUAGCGAACAGUCGCCAAACCUCGCCGUGGCUGUGGCCCUGUGUCGAGUGUUCUGUCGGCUGAUUGCUGGCGGAAAUCUACAACAACCACCCAAAGCCAGCGAGCAGGAGAAAAUCAUAGUUAGCUGGCUUAAGGAGAGAUUGCAGGAGUAUCAGAAUGCUCUUUUGCAUAUCAUACGAUAUGCCGAUUCGUCUUCUCAGAUCACUGCAUUUACCUUGGCUAUGCGUCUCGUGAACGUGCGCGCAACACAUAUACCAGAAGCGGAAACUCAAGUUUGGACUACCGGUCUCUUUCAGUCUAUUUUCGGUGCUGUGGUGGAGGCAGAAGAUGGCCAGUUGCUACGCACGGAAUUUGUCGAGAAGUUCGUGAAGGAAUUCGACGAUGUCAGGUUCUACACCUUCCAAAAGAUAUCAGCCUAUGCUUCCGAUGAACGAUCGCCCGAUGUCAUUGAAAGGCUUAUAUGGAUUCUCUCGCAAUGCGAUUCUGCGAUUCCGGCCGAUUACAAGUUCACGAAAUUUCACGGACAGCCUCCAAAGAAAGAGAAAACCCAGAAAAACCAGCUCUUAUCCGCCAGCGGCCACAAGAGGUGGGCACAGGAAGCAUGGCUUGCUGUCUUGCGCAGUAAUCUAUCGGAGGCUCAACAGAAAUCAUUGCUCAAAAGAAUGUCUCACACGAUCGCUCCCUGGUUCCUUCGACCAGAGCUUCUCAUGGAUUUCUUAACCGACUCCUACGAUGCAGGCGGCUCUAUUGCUCUCCUCGCGCUCUCUGGGUUAUUCUACCUAAUCCAGGAAAGAAACCUAGACUACCCGCACUUCUAUACCAAGCUAUAUUCACUGCUAGCCGAGGAUCUUCUGCAUUCUAAACACCGAUCCAGAUUCUUUCGGCUGCUGGACACAUUCUUGGCGUCAACUCAUUUGCCCGCCACCCUUGUCGCAAGCUUUAUCAAACGCCUCUCUCGACUCGCAUUGAACGCUCCUCCGAGCGCCAUCGUGGCCAUAGUCCCAUUCACAUACAAUCUAUUGAAAAGCCAUCCAACAUGCACAUUCAUGAUCCACCGCGAAAUCCGGGACAAAACGGGGAAAGCCUUGGUCGAUACGCAAGGCAUGAACGAUCCUUUUCUGUCUCAAGAAGCCGACCCUACUCUCACCAGGGCCAUCGAGAGCAGUCUGUGGGAAAUCGAAACUUUACAGUCUCAUUACCACCCCAACGUUGCAGCCAUCGCUCGCAUUAUAUCCGAGCAGUUCACCAAACAGUCAUAUAACAUGGAGGACUUUUUGGAUUAUAGUUAUCAGGGCAUGCUAUUGGCAGAGUUGGGUACGGCAGAGAAGCCGUUCAAGAAAGCGCCUGUUGUUGAGUUUCAGAUACCCAAACGUAUAUUCACUGAUAGAUUGUUGGAGGAGGAUGGUGGGAAGGAUACUGCACCGGGGAAUCUUCUUCGCAGACUUUGUGACUUCCCCGUGGUGGAGUGA